AUGGCUGCAACAGAUAGCAAGGCUCCGCUUAGAACUGUUAAAAGAGUGCAGUUUGGAAUACUUAGUCCAGAUGAAAUCCGUCGGAUGUCGGUUACAGAAGGGGGCAUCCGCUUUCCAGAGACCAUGGAAGCGGGUCGCCCCAAAAUAUGCGGUCUCAUGGAUCCCAGACAGGGCGUCAUCGACAGAAGCUCCCGAUGCCAGACCUGCGCUGGCAACAUGACCGAAUGUCCAGGCCACUUCGGACACGUUGAUUUAGCCAAACCAGUAUUUCACAUUGGAUUCAUAACGAAAACCAUAAAAAUCCUCAGAUGUGUGUGCUUUUUCUGCAGCAAAUUGUUGGUCAGCCCCAACAAUCCGAAAAUCAAAGAAAUCGUAAUGAAGACGAAAGGCCAACCGAGGAAACGACUCACGUUCGUUUACGAUCUGUGCAAAGGUAAAAACAUCUGCGAAGGUGGAGACGAAAUGGACGUGGGUAAAGAAGGCGAUGAAGGUAAGAAGGCCGGACACGGAGGUUGCGGUAGAUACCAGCCGAACAUCCGGAGAAUCGGUUUGGAUUUAACGGCCGAAUGGAAGCAUGUAAACGAGGACACGCAGGAGAAAAAAAUCGCUCUAUCGGCCGAAAGAGUUUGGGAAAUACUGAAACACAUCACCGACGAGGAAUGCUUCAUCCUCGGCAUGGAUCCCAAAUUCGCCAGACCCGACUGGAUGAUUGUUACUGUGUUGCCUGUACCUCCUUUAUCCGUACGUCCUGCCGUUGUUAUGUACGGAUCGGCCAGGAAUCAAGAUGACUUGACUCACAAAUUGGCGGAUAUCAUUAAAUCGAACAAUGAGCUGCAGAAGAAUGAAGCUGCUGGUGCUGCUGCUCACAUUAUUACUGAGAACAUUAAAAUGUUGCAAUUCCACGUAGCCACGUUGGUUGACAAUGACAUGCCCGGUAUGCCUAGGGCUAUGCAAAAAUCUGGAAAACCUCUAAAAGCCAUUAAAGCUCGUCUGAAGGGCAAAGAAGGUAGGAUUAGAGGUAAUCUUAUGGGUAAACGUGUCGAUUUCUCAGCUAGAACCGUCAUUACUCCUGAUCCGAAUUUGCGAAUCGAUCAAGUCGGCAUUCCGAGAAGCAUCGCUCAGAACAUGACCUUUCCGGAAAUCGUCACGCCUUUCAAUUUCGACAAGAUGUUAGAGUUGGUUCAAAGGGGCAAUUCCCAAUAUCCAGGAGCGAAAUAUAUUAUUAGAGAUAACGGGGAAAGGAUAGAUUUGAGAUUUCAUCCGAAACCUUCGGAUUUACAUCUGCAAUGGGGAUAUAAAGUCGAAAGGCACAUCAGAGACGGCGAUUUGGUAAUAUUCAAUCGACAACCGACUCUCCACAAGAUGAGUAUGAUGGGUCACAGAGUCAAAGUAUUGCCUUGGUCCACGUUUCGUAUGAAUUUAUCGUGUACGUCCCCUUACAACGCGGAUUUCGAUGGCGACGAAAUGAAUUUGCACGUACCGCAAAGCAUGGAAACCAGGGCGGAGGUGGAAAAUAUCCACAUCACGCCCAGGCAGAUUAUCACGCCGCAAGCCAACAAACCCGUCAUGGGAAUCGUACAGGACACAUUAACGGCUGUCAGGAAAAUGACCAAACGAGACGUGUUCAUUGAAAAGGAACAAAUGAUGAAUUUGUUAAUGUUUUUACCUAUUUGGGAUGGUAAAAUGCCCCGUCCGGCGAUAUUAAAGCCCAAACCUCUGUGGACUGGUAAACAAUUAUUUUCUCUUAUUAUCCCUGGAAACGUAAAUAUGAUCAGAACGCACUCUACUCACCCUGAUGAAGAAGACGACGGUCCUUAUAAAUGGAUAUCUCCAGGUGAUACGAAAGUAAUGGUAGAACACGGUGAAUUAGUAAUGGGAAUAUUGUGCAAGAAAACUCUUGGUACAUCAGCAGGUUCACUACUUCAUAUUUGUAUUCUGGAAUUGGGCCACGAGGUUUGCGGAAGAUUUUAUGGCAACAUCCAAACGGUCAUCAACAAUUGGUUACUACUUGAAGGUCACAGUAUCGGUAUCGGUGAUGCGAUCGCCGAUCCGCAGACGUACACAGAAAUCCGAAGAGCCAUUAAGAAAGCCAAAGAAGAUGUAAUAGAGGUCAUUCAGAAAGCUCACAACAUGGAACUGGAACCCACGCCCGGUAAUACGUUGCGUCAAACGUUCGAGAAUCAAGUGAACAGGAUAUUGAACGAUGCCCGUGACAAAACCGGUGGUUCCGCGAAAAAAUCUCUAACAGACUACAACAAUUUAAAGGCCAUGGUCGUGUCGGGUUCUAAAGGUUCUAACAUCAAUAUUUCACAGGUUAUCGCUUGUGUAGGCCAACAGAACGUCGAAGGUAAACGUAUACCGUUCGGCUUCAGAAAACGCACGUUGCCGCACUUCAUCAAAGACGAUUACGGUCCCGAGUCGAGGGGUUUCGUGGAGAAUUCCUACCUCGCCGGUCUAACUCCCUCCGAGUUCUAUUUCCACGCCAUGGGAGGGCGUGAAGGUCUCAUCGAUACGGCCGUAAAAACCGCCGAAACCGGGUACAUCCAACGUCGUUUGAUCAAGGCCAUGGAGAGCGUUAUGGUGCACUACGAUGGCACCGUAAGAAAUUCGGUAGGUCAAUUGAUCCAGCUGAGGUACGGCGAAGACGGCCUUUGCGGGGAAAUGGUCGAGUUCCAAACGCUGUCCACCGUGAAGCUCAGCAACAAGGCGUUCGAAAGAAAGUUCAGAUUCGAUCCGAGCAACGAACGAUACCUUCGAAGGGUGUUUAACGAAGAGGUAAUCAAGCAAUUGAUGGGUUCCGGUGAGGUGAUUUCCGAGCUCGAAAGAGAAUGGGACCAACUUCAAAAGGACCGAGAAGCCCUUCGGCAAAUUUUCCCCAGCGGCGAAUCCAAAGUGGUAUUACCUUGCAAUUUACAAAGAAUGAUUUGGAACGUACAAAAAAUAUUCCAUAUCAACAAAAGGGCGCCUACUGACUUAUCGCCGCUUAGAGUAAUACAAGGCGUAAGGGAAUUGUUGAAAAAGUGUAUAAUUGUAGCGGGAGAAGAUCGUUUGUCGAAGCAGGCCAACGAAAACGCCACGCUUUUAUUCCAAUGUCUAGUGCGCUCCACUUUGUGCACCAAAUGCGUUUCGGAGGAGUUCCGACUCAGCACGGAGGCGUUCGAGUGGUUGAUUGGAGAGAUAGAGACCCGCUUCCAGCAGGCUCAGGUGAACCCCGGCGAAAUGGUGGGCGCUCUCGCCGCCCAAUCUUUGGGCGAACCCGCCACCCAAAUGACAUUGAACACUUUCCACUUUGCCGGUGUAUCAUCGAAGAACGUAACUCUCGGUGUGCCGAGAUUGAAGGAAAUUAUUAACAUCUCGAAGAAACCGAAGGCGCCUUCUUUGACGGUGUUUUUGACGGGCGCCGCUGCGAGGGAUGCCGAAAAAGCCAAGAACGUUUUAUGUCGACUCGAACACACUACUUUACGUAAAGUCACCGCGAACACUGCCAUUUACUACGAUCCCGAUCCGCAAAAUACAGUCAUACCUGAGGAUCAGGAAUUCGUUAACGUUUAUUACGAGAUGCCCGAUUUCGAUCCCACUCGUAUAUCCCCUUGGCUGCUGCGUAUCGAAUUGGACAGGAAGAGAAUGACCGAUAAGAAACUUACCAUGGAACAAAUCGCCGAAAAAAUCAACGCCGGUUUCGGUGACGAUCUCAAUUGCAUUUUCAACGACGACAACGCGGAAAAAUUGGUGCUGCGCAUCCGAAUCAUGAACAGCGACGACGAGAAAUUCGGAGACGGAGCCGACGAGGACGUGGACAAAAUGGACGACGACAUGUUCCUCAGGUGCAUCGAGGCCAAUAUGCUGAGCGACAUGACGCUCCAAGGGAUCGAGGCCAUUUCGAAAGUUUACAUGCAUUUGCCACAGACCGAUUCGAAGAAACGCAUUGUAAUUACCGAUACCGGCGAAUUCAAGGCCAUCGCCGAAUGGUUGCUCGAAACGGACGGUACGAGUAUGAUGAAAGUGCUGUCGGAAAGAGACGUGGACCCCGUCAGGACGUUUUCGAACGAUAUCUGCGAAAUAUUUUCGGUAUUGGGAAUAGAAGCCGUUCGAAAAUCAGUGGAAAAAGAAAUGAACGCCGUACUUCAAUUCUACGGUCUGUACGUGAACUACAGACACCUCGCGCUGCUUUGCGACGUGAUGACGGCCAAAGGACAUUUGAUGGCCAUAACUCGUCACGGUAUAAACAGACAGGAUACGGGCGCGCUGAUGAGAUGCUCGUUCGAAGAAACCGUCGACGUACUGAUGGACGCCUCCAGUCACGCCGAAGUCGAUCCGAUGAGAGGCGUAUCGGAGAACAUCAUUCUCGGCCAAUUGCCGAGGAUGGGAACCGGCUGUUUCGAUUUGUUGUUGGACGCCGACAAAUGUAAAAUGGGCAUACCGAUACCUCAAGCUCACAGUUCCGAUCUCAUGACGUCCGGCAUGUUCUUCGGCUCGGCGGCGACGCCGAGCAGCAUGAGCCCGGGAGGUGCCAUGACUCCUUGGGCUCAGGCGAAUACGCCUUAUGUAGGCAGCGAGUGGUCGCCACAAAAUAUGAUGGGUAGCGGUAUGACUCCGGGAGGAGCGGCGUUUUCUCCCUCUGCAGCAUCGGACGCUUCUGGAAUGUCGCCAGCUUACGGAGCUUGGUCUCCGACGCCUCAAUCUCCGGCUAUGUCGCCUUAUAUGGCGUCACCUCACGGCCAAUCGCCUUCUUACAGUCCUUCGAGUCCAGCAUUCAUACCCACCUCGCCGUCUAUGACGCCCACAUCUCCCGGAUAUUCUCCAAGUUCUCCAGGUUACUCGCCUACCAGUCCUAAUUACAGUCCUACGAGUCCGAGUUAUUCACCAACAUCUCCGAGUUAUUCACCGACGUCGCCCAGUUACAGUCCGACGUCUCCUAGCUAUUCGCCGACGUCGCCGAGCUACAGCCCUACGUCACCGAGUUAUUCGCCCACAUCUCCAAGCUACAGUCCGACGUCUCCGAGUUACUCGCCAACGUCGCCAAGCUACAGUCCUACAUCUCCUAGCUACUCGCCGACGUCUCCGAGCUACAGUCCUACAUCGCCGAAUUACUCGCCUACGUCUCCGAAUUACAGCCCGACGUCGCCGAGCUAUUCGUCGACCUCGCCCAGUUACUCGCCGACCUCUCCGAGUUACAGCCCGAGCUCGCCCAGUUACUCGCCGUCGUCGCCGAGGUACACCCCCGCCUCGCCUAACUACUCGCCGACGUCGCCCAGUUACUCGCCGUCGUCGCCGCAGUACUCUUCGGCCUCGCCGAGUUACUCGCCCUCAUCGCCGAAAUACUCGCCCACGUCGCCGAGUUAUUCGCCCACGUCGCCGUCGUUCUCGGGCGGCAGUCCGCAGUAUUCGCCGACGUCGCCGAGCUACUCGCCGACGUCGCCCAGCUACUCGCCGUCGAGCCCGCAACACACGCCGGCCGGCAGUUCGCGCUACUCGCCGUCGUCGCCGAACUAUUCGCCGAGUUCGCCGAGCUACUCGCCCACGUCGCCGCAAUAUUCGCCGCGCAGCACGAAAUAUUCGCCGACGUCGCCGACGUACACGCCGACCAGUCCGAGUUACUCGCCGGCGUCGCCGGCGUACUCGCCCCAGCCGCCUAGGUAUUCGCCGUCGUCGCCUGGCUAUUCGCCGACCAGUCCCGGACAGGACAACGAU